GCCAGGAAGUACAAGACAGCGCACAGCCUCCCAAAUAUGAGAAGAAGAACAACGCCAGCCGCUGCGGGAGGAGGAGGCGGCAGGUAGAGGGCUCCCGCACACUGCAGGUCUGGGUGUUAUGGAGUAUUCCUUGACUCUUCAUCUUGCAUCUGAGGAAGAUGUAGGUAUUGACUAAAGACUAUUCCCUUGAUCCUGCCCAAGCCAUUUGUGGCCUAAAGACCCCCUCCAUCUCUGAUUAGUGCCUUAACAGCAACACUUGGGCUCCCCUGAAUGAGUGCAUCACCCAUCUCUGCUGUGAUCUAAAAGGGGCUAAGUUGGCUUAUUGUGUCCUAAAACUGGUAGCAACCAUGCCCAUUCAGUCCCUCGCUGAAUUUGUUGAAGGUCCUGACGGCAUAGGUAGCUCUGUCUGCUCCCAAAUGGAAAGCUCUCGUUCAUCCCGGGCUAUGAAGCGACGAAAUGCAAUCUCCCAGAAAACAAUGCAGGAAAGUUUUCUGAUACAAGCUGAGGGGGAUGUGACUUUUGACUGUAUAUUUUGUAAUGAGUCCUAUAAACAUCAUGAAGAUCUUGGAAAGCAUGUUCUGACUCGGCAUAGACCAACUUUAUGUGAGCCCACUGUUCUUUGUGUGGAGGCAGAGUAUCUUGGCCCUGAAGACAAGCGCAGGAAGAGUGCCGGGGGGUCUGCAAAGGAGGAUAAGGAUGACAAUGAAGGGUCAGACUGUGAGGUGUGUGGUCAGACCUUUAAUGAUUCAACAGACUUAGAAACCCACAUGAAGAGGCACAAGGAUUCCUUCACAUACUCUUGCAAUAUUUGUGGUAGGAGAUUUAAAGAGCCUUGGUUUCUCAAAAACCAUAAGCGGACCCAUUCCAGCCGAACAGGAUGGAGAAAUAAACAGGUGGUUAUGGAGACCCCCAUCACCAUAAAUGAGAUUGUCCAAGAGCAAGUGGCCAAAAAUGUCACCUCACCCUAUAAGCUGUGCAUGGUAUGUGGCUUCUUCUUUCCUGACAAAGAGUCCCUGUUGGAUCAUAGUAAGAUUCAUAUCAAAGGAUUGAAGCUGGGGACUUGUGAGGAGUCUGCUACCAAGGAGGAACCAGAUGAUGUCCCCAAAGAAGACUUCCUAAACCUCUUAAAUCUAAAGCCCUCAAAGCCACCUGCCAAAAACCCUGAACAAUCCCGCAAAUGGAUUGGAGAACUGGACCCUUUCAACACCUACCAAGCUUGGCAGCUGGCAACUAAAGGCAAAGUGGCCUUAGGCUUUGGUCGUGUGAAGGAGCCCUUCUUUGAAGUCAACUUGGAAACUGAUUCUGACAAGGAUGAGAUCACUGAUGUUUGGAAUACAGGAAAGAUGAAUCAGUCUGUUCUCUUGGGUGAGACAGACACUACUAAAGGUAAAGACUGUGCGGGAGCCACGCAGGCACAGGGACUUGAUGAGCCUAAAAACGGGAAUACGGAGGAGGAAAGAAAGGUUCAAGGGGUGCAGGAUAAGACCCCAUUCUGUUCUGACUGUGGGAAGUGGUUUAAGACCUACCAACAGCUGGUAAUGCAUUCUCGUGUACACAGGAAGGACAGGAGUGAUUCAGAGUCCUCAACCAUGAGUAACAUUGAAGGACUGCUGUCUGCCAGCUCUCCAGAAACUCCAGCCAGUGUGGAGGAUCAGGAGACAGUUAAGAUGGAGGAUGAAUCUGACUCAGGAGAUGAUCAAACAAAUGAAAAAAUUGAUGAUGGACAAGCAAUCUCUAAAACCAAAGGCCUUCCAGCUUCCAGGGAAUGCAGUUUCUGUGGAAAGAGCUUUCGCUCAAACUAUUACCUCAAUAUUCAUCUCAGGACUCAUACAGGUGAAAAGCCAUACAAAUGUGAAUUUUGUGAUUAUGCUGCUGCACAGAAAACAUCCCUGAGGUAUCACUUGGAGAGACACCACAAAUUUAAGCCUGGAGAAUCUAAUGCUCUUGUGAGAAGCCUCAGUAAAAGUUUACAACUACUUAAGAGGUCCCCAGAUCCUCCUCCUGCCAACAUGCAGGAAAACAAAGUGUCCCAGACACCCAUAACUGAUACCAAAGAGGACACUUUGCUCUCCAAACCCCCCAAGAGGAUGUCAGCCCUGCGUAAUAAACUGGUGAACACAAAGCAACUCUUCCAAGGGGAGGCAAAAGCCACUGUCAAGCAGGAGCCAGAAAAGUCUGUGCUGGAGGAGGAGCUGCCAAGGACUCCCAUUAUGGAGGACAUUUCAUUGGCUUGUGAUGAAACGCUUGACUUAGAAAUGUGCUCAUAUGAAGAGACCUCUGUGGAAAGCCAAGUCUUUACACCUAAUAUACCAGAUGAUUUAGAGCCUGUUCCUUUGGACUUGUGUAUAAAAGCUAAGGACGUACCUGCCACUUUAUAUAAUGGUGCCUUAUUGUUAGUGCGUACCUGCCCGUACUGCACUUACAAAACCUUAUACCCCGAGGUGUUAAUCCUACACCAGAAACUGAUCCACAAACAAAAUUAUGACCUUCUCCACAAACCUGGCAGCAGCAGGAGUAAAAACCCAGGUCUUGUCAUAAAAAUCAGGCGCACCGGUUGUCCCCCGGCUCUACAAGGGGUUGAUGUGUCACCUAUGCAGCUGGAUGGUGCUAGGUUAAAAGGGUCUCCCCCAACGAAUACAAAGACUCUGAACCAAGAGAAACCUAAACGGGCACCUGCCCAGACAAACAAGACCACAAAAUCAGAAACAGACUGUAAGAGUGAGCAAGAGAAUAAGCUUCAAAGUGGCCAGCAAGUCGGCAGCUAUAGGUGCCUGCAGCCUGAUCUACAAGGAAUCACCCACUUGUUAGAAAGGAUGCAGCAUCCUGAACAGAACUGUCCUCCGUGGGCCUCUUCCCCCAACCCACAAACCAGCAAUGUAAGCAUGAAUGGCUCAGAGCACUCUUAUCGUAUGAUCUCGUCACUGUUUACAGAGCACCCAUUUGCCAGAGCCACUCAUCUAGAGCUUGGGGAGCCCUUCACAAAGAGAGCCAAACAUGGUAUGUUAAGCUCUGCUUCCAGCAGCAACUAUGCCAGUGCAGAGAUGCUUAAGAGACUUCACCACAGCCAAGUGAACAUGCACAAUCUCGAGAGGCCCCCAAUCAAGUCGGGUCCAGCAGUACUAAGCAAUCUGCUGUAUCCAUAUGAGGUUGAUCCACAUUGGAGCCUGUUGAAGUCUUACGAGCAGCCACCGGCUGGAGCACCGUUUGCUAUUAGCAAUCCUUCCCUGAAUCAGGGGUCUUCUGCAUCUAUUGAUGUAAAACAGAGCUCGCUAUAUCGUCGGAUAUCCAAGCGAGGUUUUGGACCAAACGACAAGAGGCCUUAAUCUUAGUGUUAGGAGGGGCCUGGAAGAUCCUAGAGCAUUCCACAGACAUUCACAAGCUGCUACAUAUCAUUCAAAAAGUGUCCCUGAACUCUACAGAAACUGUGAAUGUGCUUUCAAGUGACACUAGAACUUUUAUUUUUCCUUCUUAAGAUGCCGGACGACAUGUACUGUAGUCUAGCCUCUGGGAAUGCUCACUGUAUGGAGAUUUAUAUUUUUGUUUAUCCCACAUGAAAACUGUGGGAGAUGGAAAUUUACUUGAGAAGCCCCUGGCAUUUUCUAUUUUUAUUUUUGGGGCUGUGUUUUGUGGGUGAAUAGCUGGGAUUAUUAGAUAUUUUUCACAUCUCUGUACUAUUGAUUUUUGCCACAAAUUAAAUGGUGAAGACGUUCAGACAGACUUUGUGUGUACAUACUUACCUCCAAGGGCAUCGUCUGCCCUUCUUGCCUUAACCUGAUGCUGUUCCAGGCUUGUUUUCCAUGUAAUUCCCAUCAGUUCACAUGGUCACAAUUUUUUAUAAUUUUUUUAUUUUAUUUUUUUAUUUCAGUUCUCAAAUUAAAAUGAGGGGCAAAAAGUUGAACUUUAUGCCCCUGCUAUAAGUGACGUUUUACUAUUGAAAACUUUUGUCUGCACUGGAUGUGGGACUGGAAAGCUCAGAUUAUUGAAGCCUCAGGUAUACUCUGCAUGGGAUGCAAAGUACAGUUCCUGGAUGGUUUUAUGUUUGGGGCCCUGCAAUUCUGUCCUGAGUUUAUAUAUCAAUGCAAACUGUACUUUAACACUGUGUCAAGACCUCCCCAACCCACCAUGUAUGUACGCACUGUGAAAGGAUUUUCCUAUUAGUCAGGUUAAAAGGAUUACAUUUUUUUCUUGCACUAUUCCAAAUGUUCUGUAGAAGCCAUGUGUCCCUUAAAGGGGUGCACCACCUGACUUAAUACCCUGGGCAAUGGCAUGGUUUGACUGCUGUCGAGCUGAUUUGGCUCUGCCUCCAACAGAGGAGUUGUCAAACUGGUUGAUGCAUGAUGACGCUGAUGUAAA